AAAACAACAUGGAGUAUGUUAUCGAAGCACAUGAUACAGAUGACAUGCGGUCGUGGCUUGCCACAAUUAAAUACUGUAUGCGUUCUCCAAUGCCAACCAGUGAUAGUCAGGAUGGGAGCCGCAGUCUGCUAGUGAGCCAGAGUGAUUCGAGAGGUGUACCAAAGACUGAAGGUGCAGGAGAUGGUUUAAGCACAGAAAACCCUCCUGAACUGCCACCAAGACUUCAAGCAGCAGGACUCCCUCGUGUAGCAUCAGACACUCCGGGACUUCGUCUUUCCAGUAACAGUCAUUUUGAACUCUGUACGUCCCACACAGAUAUAGAGCAAACAGCUGCACCAGUUCCAGAAACGGAGGCAGAUUUAUCGACUGCACUUAAAGAGUACCCAUGGUUUCAUGGAACAUUGCCGAGAUCAGAUGCAGCUCAACUUGUCUUACGCGAUGGAGCUGCCGCACAUGGCGUCUUUCUUGUGAGACAGAGUGAGACACGCAAGGGUGAAUUUGUGCUAACUUUCAACUUCCAAGGAAGAGCAAAGCAUUUACGAAUGACGCUCAGUGACCAAGGCCAGUGUCGUGUUCAACACCUCUGGUUUACCAGCAUCUUCGAUAUGCUGGAUCACUUCAGACAACAUCCAAUUCCACUAGAGUCAGGUGGCACGGCCGAUGUCACGCUGACUGAGUACGUGCUGCACUGCCUCCGGUCACUCCACCGUCCACGACAAGGCCUGUCGUGCCAUCUGCUGCGGCAACCUCGCCGGCCACCUCCUCCCCCAGAACCCAUCAGAGAAGUGAUAACAUAUGGAGGAUCAGUUCGAACAAGAACAGAAUCAUUAGAGAACUUGCAGCAGGAAAGACAAAGUGGAUCUGGUGGAUCAGUUGGUGCUGGACGUGCUGUAGAAAAUACUUACAGCUUUGUCUAA